AUGAGAGUAAUGAUCGAUACUGGAGCAACUAGAACACUCAUUAACGAAAAAUCAUUACGUCAAACAAAACAUAAGAAAUAUAUCAAUAAAACACAACUUCAAUUUGUUAUGGCAGAUGGCUGUACUCCAUUUAAAGUAGUUGGAGAAACGGAACUUUCAAUAAAAAUGGGGCAUAAAACAACAAGAAUGACGGCAUAUAUUGCCAAGAACCUUUAUACAGAUUGCAUCUUGGGAAUGGAUUAUGUUAACAAGCACAACUUAAAAAUCAAUAGUAAAAAACAAAUAAUUUCAAUUGGGGAAAAAAGUGAAAAAAUUAGAAUAAAUAUGGAUAAAGAUAUUGAAGCUAUCCAGUUUCCAGUGACAUUAACCCAGCAAAUAAAAAUACCGCCGCAACAAUAUGUACAAGCACAAGUUUCAGUUGGGAUCUCAGCCGCAACAGUAGCAUUCAAACCAUUCCGCAAUUUUAACCAACAGCUUUUUAUUACCACUCCAGAUUCGUUAUUAAACGUUAAACAACAUACAGCAACCGUCUCUAUUUAUAACCCGUCAUCACACUAUCCUCGUUUCAUGCCGAAAGGAAAAACUCUUGGUCAAUCAACCAUAUUUCCAGAUACAACCAAGAGCACCCAUCUGAUUAAUCUAAUCAGCAACAUUGACUCGGAUAAUACAACACCACGAAAUCAUAUUAAAAAGUUGAUACAACAUGUUGACGUUAUUGAACAAAGGAAACAAUUAGAAACGCUCCUCCUCCAGUACAAUAAAUUAUUUGAUACAAGCAAAACGACAAUAGCAAAUACGACAAUUUCACAUGCAAUAGACACCAUUCCACAUCCACCGCCGUGUUCGAAACCAUAUAGAACAACACAAGAAAAACAUGAAGCAUUAUACAAAAUGUGUCAGCAAUUGAUGGAAUCAGGACUGAUCAGUCCUUCCAACUCUCCGUAUGCUGCACCAGCAUUAUUAACGCCUAAAAAGGAUGGAUCUUGGCGAAUGGUAGUCGAUUAUAAGAAAUUAAACAAGAUAACCUUAAAGGACAAUUACCCAUUACCCAAUAUGGAACAAACAUUACAGAACCUUGGAAUUGGGUACAAGUACUUCACCAAACUGGAUUUAAAGAGUGGAUUUUGGCAAUUUCCGAUACGUGAAGCAGAUAAAAGAAAAACGGCAUUUAUUACUCCAUUUGGAUUAUACCAUUUUAAUGUGCUGCCACAAGGUCUCAAGAACUCUCCACCUACAUUUCAACGAGUCAUGACAAAUGUGUUGCAGCACUGUCGAAAUUUUUCAAUGGUAUAUCUCGAUGACAUUAUCGUUUAUUCACGAACUUUUGAAGAACAUUGCCAACACUUAAAACAAGUAUUUAUGGCCUUGACUAAAAACAACCUACAACUAAACCCGCCGAAAUGCGCAAUAGCACAAUCACAAAUAGACUAUUUGGGUCACAGCAUUAGUUCAACUACUGUUACCCCACUUAAAGAAAAGAUCAAGUCAAUUUUGGAAAUACCGGAACCCAAGUCAUUAAGGCAAGCCAACAAAUUCAUUGGUGCUUUGGCCUGGUAUCGAAAGUUUAUACCGCAAUUCGCGUCAGUAGCUGCAUCGAGACAUGCCAUUACGAACCUAACCAAGAAGCAACAACAUAAAUUCCAGUGGAACAAACCACAGUCUGAAGCAUUUCACAAAUUAAAACAAUUAUUAACAAGUACACCACUUCUCCUGAAUUUUCCAGAUGAUACAAAACCAAUCAUACUGUCCACAGAUGCUUCAGAUGUGGGGAUAGGGGGUGUCCUGCAACAACAGAUAAAUGGAAACAUGCACAACAUAUAUUAUCACUCACAAUUGAUUACAUCAGCACAGAAGAAAUAUGAUACAAUUGAAAAGGAAGCAUUAGCAAUCUGGUUAUGCAUUAAACGAAUGCGACCGUUUUUAUUGGGGAGAAACAUUAUUAUUUAUACGGAUCACUGCCCUAUCUGCAAUAUGAUGGAGCGAACAGUUAAGAACAAACGAGUCGAUAGAAUUUCGCUGCUACUCCAAGAAUAUAAUAUCGAAAAAAUAAUACACAUAAAGGGUCGUCACAAUUGUUUGCCAGAUUAUUUAUCAAGACAUCCUAUUAAGAACAACGUCGACGACCUAGUUGAUUAUGAUUAUGGGCUCGAUCCGAAAUUACGUAACUGGCCACCUUCUCAGGUGUUUGCCGGGGCAGUCACAACCAGAGCCAGAGCCGUCCUUACCCCACAAGUGACAGUCCAACAAGGUCGAACAAGAAAUAAAAAGGAAAAUCCAUACAAGAAACAAUAUAAUACAACCCGAAAAUCAGAACAAUCAUCCAUAAACGAUCUCACAACGACUGAUGUCUCCUCGAAAACAACCUUUUUAUCGAAAGCCACAAUGUCAGCAACUGAUUUUAGUUUGUUAAAAAUAAAACACGAACAACAAACAGAUCAAGACAUACAAGACAAAAUCAAACAUCAUAAGAAGAAUCAGUCUUAUGAAUUUGUUGAUGGUAUAUGUUAUAAACUUAUUACUCGAGGAGCUACGAAAAUUAAAUUGCUGUGCUUGCCUGCAACAUUAAUUAAAGAAAUUUUAUUUUUAUACCACGAUCAUCCUUCUAGAGAACUAAAACUGCAGCAAAUACCAGUUCCAGACGAAGUUUUGGGUAUGGUAGGUAUGGAUUUUUGGGGGCCAACGCAGCAACCAUCGGCAAAUGGCAAUCAAUACGUAGUCACAAUGACAGAUUAUUUAUCUAAGUUCGUUUUUGCAAAACCAACACCAACAAAUUCAGCAAAAGACGCAUCACAAUUUUUUCUGGAGGUAGUUUGGGGUUACGAUGCUCCAACCAAGCUACUUACGGAUCAAGGUUCGCACUUCGUCUCUGAAUUAACCAAUGCCAUCGUCAAACAAUGUAAUACAACUCACAUCUUAUCAACUCCAUAUCAUCCGAUGACAAAUGGUCAGACAGAACGAUUCAAUGCAACUUUUAGUCCCGCUUUAGCCAAAUUAUGGGAAGAAGAAGCAAACAAUUGGGAUGACUUUGUACCAGCAUGUGUUUAUGCAUAUAAUACAGGUGAACACGCAACGACUGGUUAUUCACCAUUUCAGUUAAUGUUCGGAAGAGAGCCUCGUCUACCAACUGAAACAAAACAAGCAAAAAUCACUCUCUCUAAGCCGAACAAUUAUUAUGAAUUAAUCCAGAAAUCACGAAAAAUUUUGAAAAAAUGUGCAAAAGCAAAUAUGGAAUAUCAAAAUCAACUGACAAAGGCAAGAUUUGAUCAAAACAGGCCUGAUCCGAAAUAUUUCAUUGAUCAACUUGUUUUGGUGAAAGUUCUUGACAAGAAGUCAAAACUCCAGGAAAAAUUUGAAGGACCUUCCCGAAUAAUUGAACAAAAAGGACCCGCAACGUUUAUAGUAAAACUGGAGGACCCAGAUCAAGAUAGUAAUCCAGAAUACACAAAACAAGUUACAACGCCCGACUUAGCACCGGUGUAUAUCCGGACAAUUUAA